AUGAUGCGUGACGGGGGACUGACGAUAGGACGGUGUUUCGACGCGAUCGUAGACGACGUGACGAGCGUUGACUAUCGCGAGGGCGAGUCGCUCGCGGCGCACUUGAAGCUCGACGAGGGCGUGCUCGAUGUGUGCAUUCCCGCCGAGGCUACGUCGACCGCGAAUCAGCACUUGCGCACGAGGCAGUUGUGGGGCACGGAUGUUUACACGGCGGAUUCCGAUAUCGUCGCCGUGCUCACGCACACUGGAUAUUAUCGUCCGAGCGGCGUCAUGCCGCCGAAUCUCGGCGCGGUGCGCGCCGUCAUUCGAGCGACGCCGCACCCGGAAGAUGGCUAUCCCUCGACGAGUCGUAACGGUAUUCGAUCGCGAUCGUGGGGACACAUCAAAGAAGGGUGCGGAUUUGUCGUCGAGAGCGCGCGGGCGGUGACGAGCUCUGGCGUCGAAAUCGACUUGACGCCGAACACGAUGCGUCGCAAGGUUUCGCCAACGUUUUUCCCGAUUGAGAAGGAGCACGUCGUGCACACGCGUAAUUCUGCGGCUAACGCCACGGGUAAGAAGGGUUUGAUUCGUGAAGUGACGAUUCAGUACAAUUUAUGCAACGAACCGUGGAUGAAGUACAGCGUCAGCCUCGUCGCAGAUCAAGGCUUCAAGAGAUCGCAGUGGACGUGCGCGCGACUUCGCCGGGAAGUCUUGUACGUCGAGACGCAUCACAAGAGGUACGAGUUGAGCUGCGUGCCUGGAAAGGAUGGUGAAGAGAGUAGAUUCAGAUGGGCCGCGAGUAAGAAGCCGCUCCCGCUUGAUAAGACGCGCGAAGUGGGAGUGCCGUUGCCGAAGGCGCACGUCGACGUCGCCGCCGACGAUUUGCGCUGGGACGAGAUUCAUUGGGGAUCGAACUCGGUGAUCAUUCGCGACAAGGAGUACCAGCUCGCGCGCUUACAAUACCUUCCGCGCGGUAAGUGA